CACAACUAUCACCAGCAAUUUAACCAACCUUAACAACACAUCUUACACAAGCAAUUUAACCACCCUCAACAACACAUCUAUCACCAGCAAUUUAACCAACCUUAACAACACAACUAUCACCAGCAAUUUAACCAACCUUAACAACACAUCUAACACAAGCAAUUUAACCAACCUUAACAACACAACUAUCACCAGCAAUUUAACCAACCUUAACAACACAACUAGCACCAGCAAUUUAACCACCCUUAACAACACGACUAGCACCAGCAAUUUAACCAACCUUAACAACACAUCUAACACAAGCAAUUUAACCAACCUUAACAACACAACUAUCACCAGCAAUUUAACCAACCUUAACAACACAACUAUCACCAGCAAUUUAACCAACCUUAACAACACAUCUUACACAAGCAAUUUAACCAACCUUAACAACACAACUAACACCAGCAAUUUAACCAACCUCAACAACACAUCUAACACCAGCAAUUUAACCAACCUUAACAACACAACUAGUACCAGCAAUUUAACCAACCUUAACAACACAUCUAACACCAGCAAUUUAACCAACCUCAACAACAAAACUAGCAUCAGCAAUUUAACCAAUCUCAACACCACCACCACCACCAAUUUCACCAGCAAUUUAACCAACCUCAACAACAGAACCAUCAAUAGCGAACUACCACUGCAACCAACCUAACCAACAUAAACUCAUCUACAGCAGCACCAAAACUGAGACAGUUUACAUCAACUAACACAUUGACUAAACCAUCCCCACUACCAGCUGCAGAGCCACUGCCACAGUUAACACCAACCAAGACAUUGACUAAACCACCACUGCCAGUACAUACCAGCUACCACAUUGACUAAACCAAUACCACCACCAGCAGCACCAGCAUUGCCACAGUUAACACAAGCUACCACAUUGACCAAACCAACAUCAUCAGCAGCAGCACCACCACCACUGCCACAGUUAACACUAGCUACCAUUUUGACAAACCACCACUAUCACCAGCAGCAGCACCCCUGCUACAGUUAACACCAGCUACCAUAUUGACUAAACCAACAUCAUCAGCAGCAGCACCACCACCACUGCCACAGUUAACACUAGCUACCACUUUGACAAACCACCACUAUCACCAGCAGCAGCACCCCUGCUACAGUUAACACCAGCUACCACAUUGACUAAACCACCACCACCACCAGCAGCACCAGCACUGCAACAGUUAACACCAGCUACCACAUUGACUAAACCAACAUCAUCAGCAGCAGCACCACCACCACUGCCACAGUUAAUACUAGCUACCACUUUGACAAACCACCACUAUCACCAGCAGCAGCACCCCUGCUACAAUUAACACCAGCUACCACAUUGACUAAGCCACCACCAUCACCACUGCUACAGUUAACACCAGCUACCACAUUGACUAAACCACCACCAUCACCACUGCUAAGGUUAACACCAGCUACCACAUUGACUAAACCACCACCAUCACCACUGCUACAGUUAACACCAGCUACCACAUUGACUAAACCAUCACCA